AGACUCCUCUCACAAGCGUCUUGCUUUGCUACCAUUAAAAUCAGACCCUUUUUUUGUCUCUCGAUUGCUGUCUCCCGACCAAACUCCGAUGUGUUCCGUUAUCAGCGACCUCACGCCUGCCAUUCCAGCACCUGUCUUGCUAGGGAUCGGUGGAUAGUAUAACGAUUCAGAAAGCAGACAAGGACAUAGGAGGAGAGAGAGCUGUAGAGAGACAGCCAGGGAUAGGCACAGAGAGCUUUGAAGUAAUUGGAUUCAAUGGACGAAAUGCUGCUGUUGACAAGAAUUCUCUUGGUGGGCUUCAUCUGCGCUCUUUUAGUCUCCUCUGGGCUGACUUGUGGACCAGGCAGGGGCAUUGGAAAAAGGAGACACCCCAAAAAGCUGACCCCUUUAGCCUAUAAGCAGUUUAUUCCCAAUGUGGCAGAGAAGACCCUAGGGGCCAGUGGAAGAUAUGAAGGGAAGAUCACAAGAAACUCCGAGAGAUUUAAAGAACUAACCCCAAAUUACAACCCUGACAUUAUUUUUAAGGAUGAAGAGAACACGGGAGCUGACAGACUGAUGACUCAGCGCUGCAAGGACAAGCUGAACGCCCUGGCGAUCUCGGUGAUGAACCAGUGGCCCGGGGUGAAACUGCGAGUGACCGAGGGCUGGGACGAGGACGGCCACCACUCCGAGGAGUCCUUGCACUACGAGGGUCGCGCCGUGGACAUCACCACUUCGGACCGGGACCGCAGCAAGUACGGCAUGCUGGCCCGCCUGGCCGUCGAGGCCGGCUUCGACUGGGUCUACUACGAGUCCAAGGCGCACAUCCACUGUUCCGUCAAAGCAGAAAACUCGGUGGCAGCCAAAUCGGGAGGCUGCUUCCCUGGCUCGGCCACGGUGCACCUGGAACACGGUGGCACCAAGCUGGUGAAGGACCUGAGCCCCGGGGACCGCGUGCUGGCAGCUGACGCAGAGGGACGGUUGCUCUACAGCGACUUCCUCACCUUUCUUGACCGGGAGGACAGCUCCCACAAGCUCUUCUAUGCCAUUGAGACACGGCAGCCCCGGGCCCGGCUGCUGCUGACGGCUGCCCACCUUCUCUUCGUGGCCCCCCAACACAACGAGUCGCAAGAGGGGACCCCCAGCAGCCAGGCGCUCUUCGCCAGCCGCGUCCGGCCGGGCCAACAGGUCUAUGUGUUGGGCGAGGGCGGGCAGCAGCUCCUGCCGGCGGCUGUGCACAGCGUCUCACUGCAGGAGGAGGCUUCGGGGGCCUACGCCCCCCUCACCGCCCAGGGCACCAUCCUCAUCAACCGGGUGCUGGCUUCUUGCUACGCCGUCAUCGAGGAGCACAGCUGGGCGCAUUGGGCCUUCGCUCCCUUCCGCCUGCUCCAGGGGAUGCUGGACGUCCUGUGCCCCUCUGGCGGGGGGACCCUGGUGGGUGCCCCCGCCACCCCUGGCAUCCACUGGUACUCUCGCCUCCUCUACCGCAUCGGCAGCUGGGUGCUGGAUAGUGACUCUCUGCACCCGCUGGGCAUGGUGGUACCAUCCAGCUGAGAGCAUCCUGAGCCAUCCCGGCUGCCCGCCAACCGCUGAGGGAGAGACAGAGACACAGAGAGAGAGAAAGGAGGAAUAAAUGGAAAAGAAAGAAAAAAAAAAAAAAAAGAAAAAAAGAAAAGAAAAGAAAAACCUAAAAGAAAAAAAAAGGAAAAAAAUCCCAUAUUUUUAAAAGAAAGCACGGAUUAAGACUUAAAAAAUAAUAAUAAUAAAAUAAUAAUAAUUAAGUAGGACAGUCCAAAGUAGACUUUAAGGGAAACAAAGACCCCAGGAAGUUCUGUUCUGUUUAGUUUAUAAAUAUAUAUAUAUUUUUAUUUGUUCCUUUGUUUUGUUCAUUGUUUUAUUUUUUUUUUUCCUCCUCUCCUGGAUAUUUAUUUCUUUGGUAUUUUGAAUAGAUGUUUUAAAAGAUAUGAACCGGACCUUCAAGAGCCUUAAAUAGUUUCUUUGAUAAUUUAUUAUCAUGUGAACUGUACUCACAGGGGAAAAAAUUAUUUUGUGAGGCCAAGCAAAACUGCGCAGAGUCUAUUUUUCUACAUGUCAUGUGUGUCCUGACUUUCAGAAAGCAAAAUUCUGUACUUUCCCAUCUCUCCAUUACAUUGCUCCUUCAUUUCAGCAAGUCCAAAAACCAAGCAAAGAAACACACAAAAAAAGACAAACUUCAUGGGGGUCCGUAAAUUAUAUUUUUAUACACAGAAUUGUAAAUUAGAUUUUUUUGAGAGAUCAAUACUUAACUGAAUCACAUUUCGUUUUUUGAAAUAGUGUAAAAUAUGAGAAUAUAUUAUUUUAAUUUAAAUAGUUUCAAAUGUAACGUCAUUUCCUGUAUUGUUUUCCAUGCUUUGCUUUGUAAAAACACCAUUUGGCCAUGUUCAUGGAAGUCAAGACUGUUACACAAACGUUUUAUUUGCAAAAACCGUAAGAAACUUUGUUAUUUUUAACUUCAAAAAAUUUAUUAGAAAAUAAUAUUUUUUAAAAAGCGCACAUGGCGGCAAUUCUGUGACGAUGGAGACGGUAGUUUGUACAGAGGGGAGAAAAGGAUGUUUUGCAUUAAUAAAUUGAGAAAUAACUGCUGUAAAUUUACUAAAAUGUAUUUUUUGAAUAUUUUGUAAUAGUUUUAAUAGUUUUAUAGAAAUAAAAUGUGCCAUGCACAGUCUGGUUAGUAUAUAAUAA